CCCAUAGCAACCAAUAAAAUGGCUUCUUUCAUUUCGCAGAGGCCUUUUUCAGAAAUGAAAGUAGUGAUCUGAUUGGUUGCUAUGGGCAACUCAACAAAUUUUCCUCUGGACAGGGUUUGAUACAUCUCCCCCCAUGUGGUUUUCUCUAUACUCCAAAAUCUAACAAGUUAUCUACAAUAUUAAAUGUAUUGAGCUUUUAUAACAAUCAUUAUGGCACUUCGGCUGCAAAACAGUUCAAUUUAGAGGAAUGGAUACGUUUUAGGCUACACAUGGAAAUUUGGCUACGAAGCUGCUAUCACGCCAUGGCAUUAAAGUGUGUAGGAAGGCUUCAUCCUGUACUGCAGCAGCUGAGGAACCCCGCCACAGCAUGUAUAUGGAGGACGGCACUGGUUGUCCCACAGCAGCAUCAUCAGGGGACACUUCUUAGCAGGCAUCUUGCUACAAAAAGCAGUAAAGGCAAAACUAAAGGACAAGCCCGGGUGAAUAUAAAUACUGCCUUAGUUGAAGACAUUAUCAGCUUAAAAGAUGUUGAACAAGAUAUGAAAAAUGUUAUUGAGAGUCUGAAGGAAGACUUCAACAAGAACCUAUCAAUCAGGACAUCUCCGGGUGCAUUUGAUCAUAUUCUUGUGAAAACAAAGGAUGGCAAAUUCCCCUUAAGUCAUUUAGGGCAAAUCACCCUAAAGUCUCCUCGACUGUUUGUGAUCAACAUGGCAAGUUUUCCAGAGAGCGCCGAUGCAGCUGUUAAUGCUUUAAGACAAAGUCAAAUGAACUUAAAUCCGGAACUAGAUGGGACGUUAAUCCGCGUCCCAGUCCCUCCGGUAACUCGUGAGCACAGGGAGAAUUUGACAAAACUGGCUAAACAACUGACAAACAAAGCAAAGGAUACAGUACGAAAGAUCCGCACGGGGGCUGUUCACAACGUCAAGAAAUGUAAGACUACAGUUUCCGAAGACACAAUAAAAUUGAUAGAAAAACAGAUCCAGCAAAUGGCAGAUGAUGUAUCAGCAGAAAUGGACAAACAGCUAACAUCAAAGUCUAAGGAGCUUCUGGAGUAGGACUUUUAAGAAGACCUGAACCAGCCGCACGUGAGCGGUGAUGGUACAUAAAAAAUAUUUACUAUCAAGGAGAGGCUGACUCUGAAUGUAUGGACGAUACUGGAACAUUAGGGAGACGUGGAGUAACAAUGGGCAGGUGGGAUCACAGUCAUCAUUUAUCUGGAGAUACAGGGCAAAUGUCAGAAUAAAAUAAAACAAAUGGUCCUUUUAGAUGAAAAAUCAGGUAACAUUGCCAAACGCAACCUGCAGCGCUCUCUCUGCACCUUGUGACAAUGGGGGAGAUUCAUCAAGACCCGUACAGAGGAAAAGUUAAUCAAUUGCCCAUAGCAACCAAUCAGAUGGCCGCUUUCAUUUUUCACAGGCCUUUUCAAAAAUAAAAGAAGCGAUCUGAUUGGUUGCAAUGGGCAACUGGUGACUUUUCCUCUGCACGGGUUUUGAUAAAUCUCCCCAUUAUACUUAUCCUGUUAUUAUACAACAUUUUCUUUAUAACAAAUAUUGUAUAAAAUAAUAAAGUUUAUAUCACAAAAUAUCA